AUAGCCGUCUUGAACUUGUUUUCAUCGCGGGCCACUUCAUAUGGUUGUCCUCGGGAGGACGGUUAUAACGGCAAAACCACAUCACUUUUCGAUGUAAAUAUUUUUCAAAUGUUCAAUGGAGAAGUUUGUGCAUGAAUGCCCAUGCACUGAUGACGCCGAAAUAAGUCCACCGAAGAAGCUGAAACGGGGGGAAGGUAAAGGGGACGAACAGUUGGUGGAUGCUGAGGACGAGGAAUUUUCUGAUCCUGUUCCCUGGCAAAAAAUAGAGUCAGAAAGUCUUGACUGUGACUAUGCUUUGCUCUUCACCAAGGAGGAAGCUGACCACCUUUUCCAAAAGCUGGAGGAGGAGGUGAUCUACUCAACAGGGGAAGAAGCAAAGGUGCAGGUGUUUGGAAAGGUGUACGACAUACCCAGGAAACAGGCAACAUAUGGAGAUACGGGAUUAACAUACAUUUAUUCUGGAGUGACACGUUUCGCCUGCCCAUGGACACCCACCCUGGAAUAUAUUCGGGAUUCUGUCACCAAAAUAACAGGACACACGUUCAAUUUUGUCCUGAUCAACAGGUACAAAGAUGGCCAGGAUCACAUGGGCGAGCAUCGCGAUGACGAGAGGGAGCUAGACCCUCUGUCCCCCAUAGCCUCGGUCUCGCUCGGCGCCGCACGAGAUUUCAUUUUCCGCCACAGGGACGCCCGAGGGAAACGGAGCGGUCGGCGCGUGGAGCCCGUCAAGCUGGUGCUGGCCCACGGAAGCCUGCUCCUCAUGAACUCGCCCACCAACUCUUUCUGGUAUCACAGCCUUCCCGUUCGAAAGAAAGUCCUCCUGCCUCGCAUUAACCUCACAUUCAGACGCAUCUUGUCCAGCAGCAAAAAAUAAACACCAUCACAUCCUUGCCAUCGAUUUACUCAUUUCAGUUGUGGAUUAUGUACACAGAAAGAAUUGCUGGUAUCCUUCCAUUAAAGGAACACCGACGGUUGAGACGGAACAUUCUGACAGCGGGCACCACUUUUCACUUCAAAAUAGCUUGAUAGGGCGGCAUGGCGGAUGACUGGUUAGCACUUCUGCCUCACAGUUCUGAGGACCGGGGUUCAAAUCCCGGUCCCGCCUGUGUGGAGUUUGCAUGUUCUCCCCGUGCCU